AUGGCCAAUCUUGUACAAAUUAGAGGGCGGUUCUCAGUAACAUCAGAAAAUGUAGAUCUUGUAAAGGGCUCGCCACUAAUGAAGUCCGCUAGUGUGGGAGACUGGGUAUUUGAAUCUAAACAAAUGCCUAUCGGUGACUCACUGAAAGAAAUUGGUACCAGUAAUGUGCCUGCAUCAAUUCUCGUGCCCUACCUUCAAAACCUUUUUCAGCAGACAUCAAUUCAACAAGAUCUCAUUAUGAAUCUGUUCAAUAGCUUGCAACCUUCUGAGAUAUUAGAUGCUUCUCAAAAUGGAAAGUUGCUUCCAUUACCUCGAAGUUCUGAAAAUAAUGGAACUGUUGAAACAAUGGUCUCUGAAAGGGAACAUCUACUCCUUACCAAGAUUUCAGAGCUUCAAGCUAGGAUGAUCAACUUGACAUAUGAAUUGAUGACUGAAAAAUUAAAGUACACACACUUGCAACAGCAGCUAAAUGCUGUGGGUGGUCGGGAAGAUGUAGACGGAAGAGAAGGGGAUGCAUAAACACUUGAAACAAAUACUAAGAGUAAAUAUGGAGUAAAACCACCGUGUACAUUGGGAUGCAGCAUGAGUUGGACGUUGACUUUUGAUUGGCCCAAUUCGGAGGAAAGAUUUAUUUUGGAGGCUCCAAGAGCUAUAUAUGCAGAUGGUUGCAGCCUACAAGCCCGUGAGGGUGUCAAACGCUGUCCACAUACAGUUCUAUUGAUUGUUGAAUCUUUAGAUAAUGUGAUUUGGAUCCUAGGGCUCACCCUUUUGUAUUGUUGGCUGUUACAGAAAUUUCCUCCUGCCUAGUUUUGUGGGGAAAUACUACUGUCCGACAUACUAAAAAGUAAUCCAAAGGUGGAUGGCAGCCUAAAAGCUAGUAAGUUUUACUCAAAAGAUGAUAUAGAUAUUCAAAAAAGUUUUAAGUAAAUUUUUGAUCCUGUAGUCAAACUUGAUUUUGUGGUCAUAUAACUGCUCUCGCCCUGAAAAGUCCAUCUACUUGCAG